UGAACAAAGACCGUGCAGUGUGCAGUGACCUUUGAGUGAUUCAAGCAAACAAACUUGUGCAAAGAUUCUCGAUCCAAGCGGGGGAAAUGCCUCUCAGAGCUAGGAUGAUCCUCUCAGAAAUGCGAAUGCCUAACAAAUCAAUCCUUUCAUCUUGGAUCAAAAGAGGAAACCCCCAGGAUCCAGAAGACCAAAAGCAAAGCAUCCAGCUCGACCAGUCAGAAGCAAAAUCAAAAGCUUUUGGAGGGCUUGCACCCACUACGAUGGUGCGUACUCGCCGAGCAGCCAUGGAAGCGAUGAGGAGAAGAUCAGCAGAGAAAUCGUGGGAAGAAGCAGAAGAAAAAGUCAAGAGGCAGUUGCAAGCGAUGGAAAGAGCAAGAGAACUUGAGUUCGAGAAGUUGAAGGAAAGGUUGCAAAAGGAAAAGCAAGGGGGAGAUGAUGGGGCCAUCUCGGACGAACAAAAAAAGUCUGGAAUCACUGAAGCGUAUGAAGCUGCGUCGGAGCACAUUCGCGAGGAGAGUGCAAACGUCUCCAGGGAUAAUUCGGCAAUUCUAUGGAGACAUACAAUCUCUGGCCGCCCAACGAACUUUGGAGGUGGCAAUCAUGAAUCUUCGCUGAAAAGCAUCCAAGAUUCAUCAGGAAAAGUAUCGAAUUGAUUCAAAUCUUUGAUUUAUUUACAAGAAAAAAUAAUACUUCUUCGGUUCUGAAGAGAUCAAAUGCUUGGUUUGAUCAUCCGCCGAACGAUGGUGGAUUGCUUUGAUUCAUCCAUCUUUCAAUCUUCAUUUUGGUUUCUCUGUCACAAGUCUGCGUGUUCUUUCGUUCUAUUGCGCCAUGGAAUGUGUCGUUCAUGUACACUGUCUCCGUCUUGCGGCCUGGUUUCGAGUUGGCUGCCCUUGGCGUGUCAGCCCUUGUCUCGGCAAAAAUCCCAUUGAGAGGGGAGCUGACAGUCUCGACCAAGUUUUUUGCUGCAUCCUCUACUUGAAACAUCCAGUUCUGGAACGAGUGAUUCACAACAUACACCAUCUGGUUCAAAGGAUCAUGUGCUGGUGGCGCAGGGGCUGUGCUAUGAUUCGCCCCCUUGCUUCGAUUCGCGGACAUGUUAGACGGCACCCGUGACAUAGGAGAAAAUCGUUUGAAUGGUGUUGACGGGCGUAGAAAGGAAAAUUCAGAAAGGCCCCUGCAGUACGAGAGAGGGCUGUAUCAAUAUUAUGAUCACUGUUGCCUUCAGAACUAUCUUGCAAUCAACGAUGAAAGCUGGCAAUGCAGAAGAGCAAUGCAGUACAGAUAGGAGGAGAAGGGCAGGCAGGAGCAAUGGAUAGAGGAGUUGGUGAGUGGGAGUGGGAGCGAGGGAGGAACAGGUGGAGGUUGGAUGAAGAGGUAGGAGGCAGUGUCGGUGUACAGGUGAAGGAG